GGUUAAUGUUAUCUUCCUCAGACAAAAAGAAACAUCCCGCUACACGUAGCAAGUUCCAUCGGAGACUUAACGAUGGUGAAAUUUCUUCUAUCGCAAGGUGUUAUUCACGUAGACGAGGAAGACUCCGAAGGAAUGACACCAAUACUCAGGGCUUGUCUUUCUGGUCAUGUGGAAAUCAUUGAACACCUUAUCACUAAGGGUGCAGCAAUAUGCCCGUUACCAGGCUCCACCGCGCCAUCUCCUCUCAUGUGCGCAGCAAAAAGGGGGCAUAAUAGAGCCAUCCUGUUUCUUCUCCAACGCGGAUCGCCAAUUGACCUGAGAGACUCCCAUCAAAGAACGUGCCUUCACGUAGCAGCGCACAGCGCUGAUGUAGAAACUGUUGAUAUAAUUCUCGAGGUAUAUGUAUCGAACUCAAAAAUAAUUUAACAACUUUAAAACAAAGGAAUUCAUGGCCGUGGUGGUGUUUGGAUAUCUGAUCGUA